AUGUAAUUUUAAUAAAUACUCAAGACAUCAGCUAAUAAAAAUUAAACACAAAAGAAAACUAUUUUUAAUUAAGAAAAGUAGUUCCGGGAAAUUUUUGAGAAAGAAGAGAAGAUCGUAAAUGUUGAGACAAAUAAUAAAAAAGUUAGAUUUGCAAAGUAUAUGAAAUUAUUGAUUAAUUAAAAUCAAAAUGUGUAAGUUUAUUGAUAUUUUAGAAAUUUGAGAGAGAGUAUUAUAGAUUUGAAAAGGCGAAAAACUUUAGAAGGGUUUUCAGGUGAAACACCAGUUUCAGUAUAAUAAUGUUUUUCAUUUCUAAAUUCUGCAAUUUAAAAUGCCAGAAGCUUAAGGUUAGAUUAACUUACUAAUAUAUAGAUCUCUUGAUCUAUCAGGAAUAGAAAUUGAUCCUCUUUUGGCCAUAGAAUUGGGAUAAGGACUUUAAAAAAAUUCCUCUUUAUUCGAAAUCAAUCUUUCUGGAUGUAAAUUAAACAGUUUUAGUUUAUAAUAUAUAUUUUCAUCAAUUGCAAAUCAUCAAACUUUAUAAUCAAUAAAUUUGUUUAAUAACUAAGGCUUUAAUAUUGAUUUGAUGAAUGAUAUAAGUUAAUUUGUCUUUAAAGGGAAGAAUAAUCUAAAAAAGUUAAAGUUAACUCAUUGUAACAUAUCUAAUACAUCUUUAAGUUAUUUAUUGAGAAAUCUUAAGUAUAUUUAAAUUUAACUUUAGAUACUCAAGAUCAAUAAAUGCAAUAGAUUUAUCAAUGAUGUAAUUUACAACUGAUGUGUUAACAAGUUUAGGAAUGGCUCUCUAACAUUAUAAAGGUGAAAAGAUAUUAGAGUAUUUAAAUAUUGGAGACAAUAAUAUCAGGAAUCAAGGAUUAGAAGUAUUGGCUUCAAGAGUAAAUUGGAAUAUAAGAAAAAUAAACUUAAAGGAACUUAUUAUAAGAAGAAAUUUUAUUGAUUAAUAAGGAAUUGAACAUCUUGAGACAUUUCUAAGAAAAAUUAAUAAUUUAUAAAAAUUAGAUCUAUCUCAAAAUUAAAUAGAAGAGUUUAGUUGUUAAAAUCUAAUAUAGAGGAAAAUGUAUGAAGUCAAUUUAAGUUCUAAUUUGAUUUCAUGUUUUCCUUAAUAGUUUUUUUUUAAUACUUUAGUUAUUAAUUUAUCAAAUAACAACAUUAAAAGUUAAGGAGCAUUUUAAUUAUCCAAUAUAUUAAGAUAAAAUCCUUUAUGGAUAGAACUAAAUCUUUCAAAUAAUCAAAUAAAAAGUUAAGGAUUCAACUCUCUAAUAUUUGGACUUAGAGAUAAUAAAAUGUUAAAAAAAUUUAAUGUAGCCAAUAAUAAUUUAGAUGGUGAAGCAAUAAUUACAUACAUGAUUAAUCAUGAGCAGGUUUACUUUGAGUAGUUGGAUGUAUCUUAUAAUUUUAUAAGAUAUACAUUAAUAUUUUUUUUAUUAAAAUACAUUAAGAGUGGUUGCCUGAGAUGUCUUAGAUGUUCAUUUUAAUAGAAAUAAUAAAAUUAAAUUUAGGAAAUUUAUUAAAAUUCUUCAUUAUUUUAUGAAGAGGAGAACCUUAAUAAAUCUUCUUAAAAUUAAUUUUAAUUAAUAUCAUUUAAUUUAAGAGAAUUAGAUUUUUCAAAAAAUGAAAAUAUUUUUACUCCAGUGAUAAGUUCUUUAGCUACUUACUUUAAUAAAAUAGAAAUUUUAGAUUUAUCUUCCUGUAAACCUAUAACAGAAUAAGAUUUAGAUUUACUUUGCAUAUUUUUAAAAAAAUCUACAAUUGUACAUGAUUUAAAUUUAAGGGAUUUGAAUAUUGGAAGAUUAAAUAUUGAAAGUGUUAAAAAUCUAAGAAAUUCAAUUCUCAACAGUAGCUUAAAGAAAUUAAAUUUAAGCUAAAAUAAUCUAUAUAAAAUAGCAAAGACUUUUUAUUUAGAAGAGAUUGUUACAAACUUUAAAUUAGAGAGUUUAGAUAUAAGUUUUAAUGGUCUUGAGUCUAAACAUACAAAUUACUUAGAAAUUGUUAUAUCAUCUUAUCGAAAUUUGUAGUUUCUCAAUCUGUCUCAUAAUAAUAUUGAUUUUACAGGAUUGAUAGCAAUAUCAAGAAUUUUAUAGUAGAAUAAAUGUUUAAAAAGUUUAAAGUAUGCAUUUAUUUAAUAUUUUCAGCGUUUCUUAUUAAAAAAUGAGUGCUGAUGAUUUAUUAAUAUUGAGUAAAAUAAUUUCAAAUGAAAAUCUUUAAUACUUAAAUAUUUCAAAUAACCCUGGAAUAAAGAGAUUAAAAACAUUUUUUAAUCUAUGCUCCACUGAAAGAAUGCAACUUUUAUAAUUAUCUUAAAUACAUUUUGAUAAAUCAAAUAUUAAGAAUCUAUUAAAUAUUAUUAAAAAAUAAAAAAAUAACAUUUUAGGGGUCACUCUAAAUCGUUGUAGUUUCAGACUAAAUGAUUAUGGGAAAUUUGGAUUGCAGUUAUAAUUGUGUAAAAAACUAUAAAUGUUAAGUAUAACAUAUAAUCCAUUGAUGUAUUUGAAUCUUAAUAAAGUUGCAGUAAUGUUAAACGAAUUGAAAAAUUUGAAAAUAUUAAAGUUAAAUUAAGUUUCAUUUACAGGAGAAUCGUUUUUUCAUGCAAAAGAAUGGAUGUUGAACCCAAAUAAUUGCAGUGUAACAUAUUUAAUUAUUCUAGUUGACUACACUAGAUUUAAGUGAAAAUGUAUUACGAUAAGAGUGGCUAGAUGAAUUGUGUAUAGGAAUUAAAGGAAAUAGAACUAUUUAAAAUUUAUUUAUUAAUAAAUGCAAUUUAGGAAAUCUAGAUUUAGAAUCAUUAGGUUAAGCCAUAUCUAUUAAUCCAACCAUAAGAAUAUUAUCGAUAGCCAAUAAUAAUAUUGUCAAUAAUCUAUGUAAAAGUAAAUUUGCUGCUGUUUCAGAAUACAAAACUAUUUAAUUUGAAGAACUCAAUUUAUCAGAAAACCCAAUAGAUGAGAAAGAAUUAAUCUUAUUUUUUACCCCUCAUUAAUUUUUAAAUGAAUAAAAAUAAGCUGCAUUAAUAAAUUAACUUAAUUUAUCUAAUUGCAAAUUAAAAAUUAACUUUUUUAAAAAUCUUAUUAAAGAACAUCGAAUCCAUUAGGAUUAAUUUUUAUUUUCUCAUAUUAUUAGCUUAUCUUUAAGUAAUAAUUAAUUAGAUGAUUCAAUAGGAGAAUUAUUAAAGUAAACAAUAACUUUAUCAAUAUAAAUAAAAGAACUAUAUCUUUAAUAAAAUUUAUUUACAAGUGUAGGAAUGAUUUAAAUUCUUGAAGGUAUAUUUGCUACUUAAACAAUAAAAACAAUAAAUAUAAGCAGUAAUAAAAUUGGUGAUCAUUUCGCUAAGAAAUUAGAUGAAUUGAAAUUUUAAAAAUGUUCAAUAGAGUUUUUGUUAUUAAGAAAUAAUAGCUUUUAGAAAUAAGGUUUAAAAAUAUUAGCUUAAAUUCUUUCUUAUUAAAAGAAUUUAUUUAUUGAUAAUGUAUGGUCUGAUUUAGAUGAUGAAGAUGCUGAUCAUAUAUUGGAGUAAUAUACAAGAAUUUGCUAGAAAUAUCGUUUAAAUUAAACAUCACUCCCUUCCUUUUUAAAAGAAAUUUUAUUAUCUAAAUCAAAUCUUACUGAUAAAUUUUGUGAAUCCUUUGGUAAAUAUUAUCCUCUUUUGGGAUUCAUUGAAUUUAUUGAUGUUUCAGAUAAUCCUUACAUAACCAUGUAUGGGAAAGUUUAUUUAUUUUUUCAUUUAUUUGAUUACAGCUAUGAGAAACAUUAAUUAAAAGCUUUGCAUAUAUCUGAUUCUUAAGAAACUAGAAAGUUAUUUGAUGAUGGAUUACUACGUUAUUUAACAUUAAGAUUACGUAAUUUUCUUUUACGUUAAGCAAAAUAAAAUUAAAUUAACUAGUAUAGACUACAGCAGCAAGAAAGUUUUUAAAAAUAUAAAGAAAAGUUAUUUGGAGGAAUAUUUGGAUUUUGGUUAAUUCAUAAGAUUAAUAAGUUAAUGAAUUAUUUAGACUUAAUUGAACCAUAAAUCUUUAUUGUCAGUACUUUGUUUAUAGGUAAAUUUAGAAGAAAUAAUAUUAAUAUUAAGAUCUUAGUUAUAUUAUUUUGGAUUGGAUUUGUAGUUGUAAAUAUUUCUUAAUUUUUUAAAUUAUUUUUUUAAAUAAAAAGAAACAAUUAAAAUACAAUCGAGAAUAAAGAGAAUAAUGAAUUAACAACUAAUGUUAUAUACAUUGAUUUAGUUUACACUUUUGUAAUAGUAGGAAUAAUUUUAAUUAUUGAAAUAUUUCAAUUAAUCUUGAGUGUCGCAUUUAGAAGAAAAAUCUAGCCUGCAUUAUAAAUUAUACAUCCUAAAAUGUUGGAACACCUUCAUACUAGAUUUCCACAUAAUCGAGAAAUAUUUUUAAUGUUUUAUUCCAUUUUUGGUAAAUCAAGUACAUUAGCUGAAAGAAUGUUUUUGGCUUCUUUAAUAACUAUGGAUUAUAAUAAUGUUGAUACUUAAAUUGAAAAAUUUUAGAUAUUAUUUAGUAUAGUGAUAUUUGGGAGAUUUGCUGAUUCAUUUAUUAUAACCUUAAUAAAUUUAAUCAAAUUUAUAUUUACAUCCCCAAGUAAUGAUUAAGCUAAAUAUUUAUCUUUGUUAUAAAGAAAUCUCUACUACUAAAAUUAUUUUGUUUCGAGUGAUGUUUUAGUGACUUUAUGUCCAGUUUAAGGAUAUUAAUUUACAAAAACAAUUAAAGUAAAUUAUGAAAUCAUUAUUGAAACAUAUAGAAUGAUUUUUAUAGAAUUAGUAUUGUUUAUUUUGAUAUGGACUUUCUACACUUAAACUAAAAUCUCUAGAUUAUAUAAUUUUAUAGAUUCAAAAUCAACAAUGCGCUUAUGGACUACAUUUCUUCUAUCAAAAUGCGUUUUCUCAAUAAUCUUAUCUAUUUUUAAGAUUUUAACAGUCAGACCUGCUGUUGUUAAAUAAAAUGGAUUUAAUCAAGCUUUGGCUAUAAAAAGAUUUUAACAAAAUAAACAUUAAUUUGUCAAACCAUAAAAUAUUUAAAUAGAGUAGAAUUUAUAAAAAAUUGAUUUAGAAUUGAAAAUUAAAUAAUAAUAAUAAAGUAAAUCUUCUAAAGAAAUAGAAAAAAAGAAAGAAAUAAAAACUUAAAAUAAAAUUUUAGAUAUUGAUUAAAUUGAUGAAGAAGAAGAUGAUAUUUUACUAAAUAAAUAAACUUCUAAUUUUGAAUUUUCAAGUAUUUAAUUAUAAUCAUAAUAGAAAAUUCUUCUUUUUCUAAUUUAUAAUUACAAGACUUACCUCAGUAACCUUUAAAUAAUGCUUAACCAAAGUUUAAAUAUUAUAUUUGA